UUGUGCUGUGCUGAUAUGGCAAGACUUGUACUGGUGAUUGGAAUGGAGUUGAGGGGGUUUCUCGGAAAGGAAUUAAGAAAAGAAGGCGUGUGGAUGGAUGGAAGUUUCAUUGAAGAGGAAUUUCCCCACAAGGCCCUGAUAAAUUGAUGAACCCCAUGGGAUGAGAUUUGAUACCCACUCAAUUGCGGUAGACGGGACUCAAUUGGGGGAAUGAGAUUGAUUCUCUCAAAGAUUCAACCAUCAUUUAUUAGCGCGCAUUAAUGGGAUAAACAAAUGAAUGCAGCCAUGAGCUUAUCAUUUGACCCUCAACAUCAUUUUCCUAAAAAUCCAAAAUCACAUGCAGUUCUCAUGGCCAAUAUCCCUAUUUAAACACCCCCCCAUCCUUCUCCCCCCCUCCACACAUUGCUUUCAAACAAACUACAUUCUAUUCUGUGCACUUUUCUCUUUGUCCUAUCCAGCUUUCAACUUGCUUCUUCAAUUGGAGAACAGUGUUCUCAUUGUUCUUUCUCCUCCCUAACCUACUAUAUUGCCUUGGUUGUUGAUUCUGUAAUACCUUCUACCCUCUUUUGUCAUAUAUCACCUUAGACCCUUUACUUUCUAAUGUGUUGCAGUAGUCUUCAUAUACCAACCAUGAUACAAAAUUUUGACCAGCAAGACUAUGUUUCUCGGUGCAUCUGGGUGAAUGGACCUGUAAUAGUAGGGGCAGGCCCUUCAGGUCUAGCCAUCAGUGCAGGCCUUAAAAAACAGGGUGUUCCAUUUGUAGUCCUGGAGAGAGCCAACUGCAUUGCCUCCCUUUGGAAAAACCACACUUAUGACCGCCUCAAGCUUCACCUGCCCAAACAAUUCUGUCAACUGCCUUACUUCCCAUUUCCAGACAACUUCCCAGAAUACCCCACCAAAGUCCAGUUCAUUGACUAUCUUGAAUCCUAUGCAAAACAUUUUGAAAUAACCCCGAGAUUCAAUGAGUCAGUGCAGUCUGCCAAGUAUGAUGAAACUUGUGGAUUAUGGCAGGUCAAGACCAUUUCAACAAGCGGUUCAAACUGGGGUGAAGUGGAGUACAUUUGCAGGUGGCUUGUGGUUGCCACAGGAGAGAAUGCAGAGAAGGUGGUUCCAGAAUUUGAAGGGCUGCAGGACUUUGGUGGGAGUGUCAUGCAUGCUUGUGACUACAAAUCUGGCGAGAGCUAUCAAGGAAAGCGUGUACUGGUAGUGGGUUGUGGAAAUUCUGGCAUGGAGGUCUCUCUGGACCUCUGCAACCACAAAGCAAUUCCAUCAAUGGUGGUUCGGAACUCGGUUCAUGUAUUACCAAGGGAAGUCCUGGGAAGAUCAACCUUUGAAUUAGCAGUUUUGAUGAUGAAAUGGCUCCCACUUUGGCUCGUUGAUAAGAUAUUGCUAAUUAUUGCAAGGCUCUUGUUGGGUAAUAUAGAAAAAUAUGGUCUGAGAAGGCCAUCAAUGGGUCCUUUAAAGCUCAAGAACACUCAAGGAAAGACCCCAGUUUUAGAUAUUGGUGCACUAGAGAGGAUUAGAUCUGGUGAGAUCAGGGUGGUCCCCGGAAUCAAAAGAUUUUCUCGUGGCAGAGUCGAGUUUGUUAAUGGCGAAAAUCUUGAGAUGGAUUGUGUUAUUCUGGCUACUGGGUAUUGCAGCAAUGUCCCUUCAUGGCUGAAGGAUAAUGAUUUCUUUUCCGAAGAUGGAUUGCCAAAGACUCCAUUCCCAAAUGGGUGGAAAGGCAAAGCUGGGCUUUAUGCAGUUGGGUUCACUAAGAGAGGCCUGUCUGGUGCAUCUAUGGAUGCAGCUAGAGUAGCAGAUGACAUUGGCAGAAUCUGGAAAACAAAGCAGAUAAAAUGCCUUAUGAGAUGCUUUUCACAUUUCUAAUACCAUGGGGGGGCAGACUCUCAACACUAGUAAAGAGUGUUCAUGAGCAUUUUGAUAUUUUUUCUUUUUUC